AUGGGAUUACUCCGAUGUGGUUUGUGCAAUCCUAUGAAGUUGUUGAUGGUUCGUCAUGAUUGUUUAGGUCUGAACAGAAGAGUGUGUUUGCCGCUACACAGUUUUACUUCACGUCAUGGUAUCAGAUAUUCAUCGUCUGCUGUCCGGCCGGUGUUUUUGUCCCUUUUGGAAGACAAUGACUUUCUAGGUUCUAAGACAUUACUCAUUGAUAAUGUUGGCUCACAUUCAUAUUUUCAAAUAUUGGAACAAAGUUUUCAUCUUUAUCUACGGCUGAAAAAAGACUUCAACAUUAGGAAAGGAGCACGAGUUGCUUACCUCUGUCCAAAUAAUAUCUCAUAUACAAUUGUACAGUGGGCUGCUUGGAUGGCUGGGUGCAUUGCCGUACCACUGUGCUCAAGCCACCCACCUGCACAACUCAAAUAUUAUAUUCAAAAUUCAACUCCUGCUGUGGUGAUAGGAACAAACGAUUUUUACGAUUCUCUCCAGCCACUCUGUGAUGCAGAGAAUUUGAGAUCUAUAUGGCUUCAGUUCAACCCACUCACACGGACAUAUGUGCAAUCAGGGAGAAAUUUUAUUCCUGAAAAUAGAUCUUUUUUCAGUGCCUUAUAUCGUGCUUAUAGUCUUAGCUGGAAGCAAACUGAUUGGGAAAAACAUGACGCUUUACUCAUCUAUACCAGUGGUACGACUGACCAGCCAAAAGGUGUGCUGAUGACACAUGGUAAUAUACAUGCACAAAUACAGAACAUGACUGAGGCAUGGCAAUGGAGUGAAGAUGAUGUUCUACUACAUGUGUUACCGUUACAUCAUGUUCAUGGCGUCACAAACUGUCUCGCAACAUGUCUGAAUUCAGCGGCCACCUGUGUUAUGCUACCUCGUUUUGAUGCUCAACAGGUAUGGGAAAAAUUAACAAGUGAACAGAGCCCAGUAAUCAAUUUAUUCAUGGCAGUACCUACCAUAUAUGCAAAGUUGAUUGAGUAUUAUAAUCAUAAUUACAAAUCACCUCGUGUUCAAGAAUUUAUUAGAAGUGUGUGCAAGGAGAAUAUACGAUUAAUGGUGUCAGGAUCAGCUGCUUUGCCGACUCCAAUCAUGGAAAAAUGGGAAGAGAUUACAGGACAUGUACUGCUUGAAAGGUAUGGAAUGACAGAAAUUGGUAUGGCUUUAACUAAUCCCUUACAUGGUGAACGAGUAGCAGAUAAAUUAUAG